AUGACGGCCCCCAAAAAUGUCGCGUCCGGCUUCAAGCCCAAGAAUAAGAUUCGCCGCCAGGCCGCCCAUCUGUCCAUCAAGAAGGCGCGCGAGUCGGAGAAGCGAGAUGCCCGAAUGCGCCGCAAGCGCGAGGAAGACAAGAAUCCUGAGCUGCGCGAAGAGCGACUAGCAAACAACAAACCCGCCACCAUUGACAGCAAGCGCGUAUGGGAUGAGCCUGUGGGUGACGAGGAGGAUGCUCUGGGCUGGGCCAUUGACGUGGAGCGGUUAGCCAAACGGAGAAAAGUUGAGCAUGAGGAUGAAGAGGGCAACGAGGAAGGCACAUUGGCCAAGCUGAAGAAGCGGGAUGAGGCCAUGGAUGAUAGUGACGAAAACGAAGAAGAAGACUCCAAUUCAGACGAUGCAGACAGCAUGCUCGACGACUCUCAGUCUGACCUCGACUCGGACGAUUCUGACCUCGACUCAGAUGCCGCCUCCUCCAAGCCCUCCAAGUCCUCCAAGCGCGCACCCAGCCCCACCGCAACCUCCACCACUACCAACUUUGAUCUAUCGCCCGAAUUCCUCAAGCAAAAGUUCCCUUCUAUAUUCAAUCCCAGCGACGAGGAACCAAAGAUUCUCGUUACAACCAGCAUCAACUCAUCUCUGCACAAGGAAGCCGACGUUCUCACCUCCAUCUUCCCCAAUAGCACAUACAUCCGCCGUACAAAGCAUGCACACGCACACAAAUACAGUGUCCGCGAGAUCGCCGGCUUCGCAGCUGCAAGAGGUUACACCGCGCUCGUCAUUCUCAUGCAAGCCCAGCACGAAAAGAAACCCGACGGCCUCGACAUUGUCAACCUCCCCAACGGCCCCCACUUUCACUUCAGCGUCUCCAACUGGGUCGACGGCAAGAAACUGCCCCGUCACGCAAAUGACACAGGCCACUAUCCAGAGCUCAUUCUCAAUCACUUCAAGACUCCGCUCGGUGUCCUUACCGCCCAGCUUUUCAAGAAUCUCUUCCCUCCAUUCCCUGAACUUGAGGGCCGUCAAGUUCUUACUCUUCAUAAUCAGCGUGAUUACAUCUUUGUGCGCCGCCACCGCUAUGUCUUCCGUGAUAAGCGUGAGACAGAAAAGCCUGUUUUGGGCACGGAUGGAAAACCAAUUCCCGGUGCUGAGGAUGUCAAAGUGGGCAUGCAAGAAAUUGGUCCCCGAAUGACGCUUAAGCUCCGUAGAAUAGACCGCGGCAUCCAGUUCAAGAGUGGCCAGGAGUGGCAAUGGAAAGGCCGUAUGGACAAGCAAAGGACGAGGUUCAACAUGUAG